AUGGGGAUGCUGUUUUGGAGCCUGCUCAUUGUGUUGAGCGCAGAUGCCCUCAUGGCCUGUUCCCUGGAAAACUACACACUGUACGUGAAUCGGCACGAGUGCGGUCACUGCAUGGCCAUCAACACAACCAUAUGCAGCGGAAUGUGUUUCACACAGGACACAAAUGUGGCAGGAUUUGUGGGCAAGCGUUUCCUGAUUCAGAAGGGAUGUAUGCACCGUUCUUUGGUGUAUCAUGCUGCCAAGAUGCCCGGCUGUCCUCUUCACAUCGACCCAGUCUUCUUCUAUCCCGUGGCUCGUCGAUGUCGCUGCAUGAAAUGCAACACGGCCAAAAAUGAGUGUGAGCAUAAGCCCAAGAGGAUGCACAACAAAUGCUCCAAGCCCCUGCGUGCAGUUUAA